AUGGAGGAGGUCUCCAACGUGCGGCCUUUGGCCAUCUUCUCCGGCUACAUGGUGACGGCCGCUGUGCUGACAGCUGCAUGCAUAUCCAUCAUCCGCGGCGGUCUGUCGAGGCAGCAGCGACAGCCGUGGCCUCAACGAAAGCUGGCCCUGACUGUCUUCAGCCUCCUCGCCGCCUUCAGCCUUGGCAUGACCUGGUACCACAUGUUUCGAUUCUUCGGGUGGUCGUACAAUGAGUGGAAGGCGAGGCAGAUUCCGGGCCUGCUGGACCCGGACGUGGUGCACCUGGGACGGUGGCUGCGGGAGACCAAGCUCUUCCAGCAGGCGUGGGCGACGGUGCUCGAUUCGCCGUCGAGGUCAUGGUGGUCGCUGCAGAUCUUUGGCUUCUGCGCCAACUGGAGCGUCAUGCUGGCCGAUCAGGAGAGGAGGAGGGGCAUACCGCAUCUGUGGCUGUUUAUGCUCCUCGCCCAGGUUGUGGCCGUGUCCUUUGCCUCCAACCUAUUCUUCCUCGCCGUGGCCGCCUACAGUCCUGAUGGCAGGAACGACAACGGCAACGAGAAGGGGUCUGCGGCCGGCGACGAAGACGACGACGAUGACGGUGACUCGGCCUCGUCAUUCUGGUACGACGCCGUCAUCAUCGUCACCGUCAGCCUGGCUCUCGGUGUCCCCGCCGCCGUCGACCAGGCUCAUUUCCUCCGUCUUCUCCUGAUGCCCCAUCUACUCGGGUUCGCACCGCUCCUACUCAACCGCGCGUUACCGAAGGGCUCAUCGUCAUCAACAGGGCCGGGUUGGCCGCGCAUGGCUACCUACACAGGCGCCAUGGCGACUGUCGUCGGCUUUGCUACCUUUGCCGCUGUAAGCGAGGAGGUAGGGGCCGAUCUCUACUGGAACCUGCUUCAUGACCACCCUGCUGUGAGCAGUGUGGGAUGGGACGUCGUCUGCUGCACGGUGAGCUACAGUGCUUGGUACUUGUUACAUAGGAACCUGAGGGAGUGGAUCAAGAGCACGCAAGGCGUCAGAAUAGAAACCUAA